GGUCCUGGCUGGUGGAUACCUUUUACUCCAGACCCUGGUUCAUACCUUUUAAUUCCUCCUAAUAUAUAUAUUUAUAUAUAUCUAUAUAUACACACAUAUAUAGUGACUUCCUGAGGAGAUGCUUGCUGUUACUUCCUUCAUUUUGGCUCUGAUGACUUGUCAGUUUGGGGUCAGCAUACAGGAGAAGGGGAACCGGAGAGUGAGUCGAGAUGCACAGAGCUACACCUUCAGUCCAGUCACCUGCCAACUGGGCAGCUGGGCAGAGUGGACAGACUGCUUCCCAUGCCAGGACCAAAAGUACCGAUACCGGAGCCUCCUGCAGCCAAACAAGUUUGGGGGCACCAUCUGCAGCGGCAGUGUCUGGGAUCAAGCCAGCUGUCACAGUCCCACAGCUUGUUUGAAGCCAGCUCAGUGUGGCCAGGAAUUCCAGUGCAAGGAAACAGGACGAUGCCUGAAACGCCACCUGGUGUGUAAUGGAGACAUAGAUUGCCUUGAUGGCUCCGACGAGAAUGACUGUGAUGAUGUCAGGGUCCCCGAGGAUGACUGCAGUUGGUAUGAGCCCAUUCCAGGCUCAGAGAAGGCGGCUUGGGGGUACAAUAUCCUGACACAGGAAGAAGUGCAAAGUGUGUAUGAUCCCACAUACUACGGGGGCCAGUGCGAGACAGUGUACAAUGGCGAGUGGAGGGAGCUGCGCUAUGACCCUGCCUGUGAGCGCCUCUACUAUGGGGAGGAUGAGAAGUACUUCCGGAAACCCUACAACUUUCUGAAGUACCACUUUGAGGCACGGGCAGAUACAACCAUCUCUUCAGAGGUGUAUUAUAAUGCCAAUGAUCUUCUUUCUAAUAUAAGAAAUUCCAAAUCUGUAUCAGCUGGAGUAACCGUUGGGAUUGGCCUUGCGAAAACUCCUUUGAUAGGAGAAGUGGGUUUAUCUGGGUCACGAGACUCUUCCCUCUUGAAUAAAUUAAGCGAGUACCAAAAUAAGAAAUAUACCUUCAUGAGAAUUUUCACCAAGGUGCAAACUGCUAGUUUUAAGAUGAGGAGGAACAAUAUUAUGCUGGAUGAAGGAAUGCUGCUGUCAUUAAUGGAGCUUCCAGAUCAGUAUAAUUAUGGCAUGUACAGCAAGUUCAUCAAUGACUAUGGCACCCAUUAUAUAACAUCUGGAUCAAUGGGUGGAAUUUAUGAGUACAUCCUGGUAUUUGAUGAAGAAAAAAUGGAAUCAGAAGGUGUUACAAGCGAAGAUAUCAAAAAAUGCUUUGGAGGCUCAUUGGGUAUCAGCUAUACCUUCACUAAGAUACAGACGGAGACUGAAGGAAAAUUAUCAGGACAACGUUGUACCUAUGAUGGAGAGAUAAAUAGUGAUGGUGACAGGAGCAAUUCUGUGAUAAAGGACAUCAUUUCCCGCGUGCGUGGUGGCAGUGUUGGCUGGAGUGGUGGCUUGGCACAUAACAGCAGCACCAUUGCCUACCAUUCCUGGGGGAGAUCAUUAAAGUACAAUCCUAUUGUUAUUGAUUUUGAGAUGCAGCCCAUAUAUGAGCUGCUACGACAUACAACCCUGGGACCACUAGAAGUCAAAAGGAAGAACCUGCACCGUGCCUGGGACCAGUAUCUAAUGGAGUUCAAUGCCUGUCGCUGCGGGCCCUGUCUCAACAAUGGGGAGCCCAUACUUGAUGGCACCAGCUGCCGAUGCCAGUGUCCACAAGGCUACCAGGGUCUGGCCUGUGAGCAGACAGAACUGACAAAAUCCAAGGCAGAUGGUCACUGGAGCUGCUGGAGCUCCUGGUCAACUUGCAGAUCAGGCACCCAGGAAAGGAGGAGAGAGUGCAACAACCCAGCACCCCAGAAUGGAGGAAAUUCUUGUCCAGGGCGGGGAGUGCAGACACAAGCCUGCUGAUGACCUCUACAGAGUCAGCAACACUCACCAACUACACUGGCAACUGGAUUAAAGACUUCUGCUGUGGAGGAAAAGGAAAAUCAGCAAGGACUUAAUUCUGCCACUCGUGGGCCCGAGUUCAGACUAUUUCAAUCAUGGUUCUCUUACACAUAAAGUUCAGUCAUUCGACACCCAGGAAUUAAGUGCUCUCUGGAGACUUAUCCAUGCUUACAACACUUAGGGUCAUUCACAAAAGAGAAAGAAUGAAAACUUCAGUCCUA